AUGUACGGAGGAUUAGGGCACCGAUCAUCUGAUGAUGGCGUCGUGCAGCCUCUCCUCGACGAGCACACGCCCCUUCGCACCAGCCGUGGCGGUGGAGGGGUGUUACAUCGCGUGACCCGCUUCGCUGGCGCCGCCGCGAUCGGCGUGCUGGUCGUCGCCGCGGGCUUCAUCGGCACCGAUCCCUCGCAUCCCGAGGUUAAAAAGUUCAACGGUAUUUCAGAGCUGGGCGAUGGGAUCGCGGCCAAGGCUACGCCGACCCAUCACGCGGCGUAUCGCCGUGCGGCGCUGACCCCCGCGCAUCACAGCCUGGGGUCCCUCGACGCCGAUACCGUCGGUCGCCUUGGCGAUGAGGACGACAUCGCGCAAAUCGAUUCCCUCGACGCACAGGUCGAGCGGCUCACUCGCGAGCUCGCUGAAUCCCGAUCGGAGAGCACCGAGCUCGAGAAGCAGGUGCAGACUCUGGAGCAGUCCAUCGUCGACACCCGCGAGGAGUUCCUCAAGAUCGGCCACGGCGGUCGCAGCAAGCACCUCGCGGGCUCGCACGACAACGAGAUCAUCGCCGACCUCGAGAACCAGCUCAAGGACAAACACUACGAGCUCGAGAAGACCCGCAAACAAAAGUACAAGCUCUACAUCAAGAACAACGAGUGCAACUCCGCACAGGCGGAACUCAGCAAGAAGGUGGCCGAAUACAAGAAGGACAUGAUGGAGGCAUUCGAGCGCGCCGAGGAAGUUAAAAAAUUCGAAACGUGCGCCGCUGAGAAACAUGCCAUCGAGUCCAAGCUCUCGACGUGCUCUGAGAAACUCGAGACGUCGCAGACGGACCUCGCCGCCGCGCGGGGCGACGACGUCUCUGACGAUGAGCGCAUCUCCUCGCUCGAGUCCAAGCUCAGCCAGUGCCACGACUCGCUCGACGCCUAUGCUGAUACGAUCGCCGACUUCAAGAAAGCCGUGGAGUCCGACCAACUCGAACUCGCCGCCCGCCAGAGACUCGUCGACGAGCUCAACACCAAAGCCGCCGCUUCCGACGAGCUCGCUGAUCGCCUCAAGGUGGAGGUCUCGAUGCUCGUUGAAGACGUCCAGGCGUGCGAGCUUGACGGCAAGUCAUUCGACUUCUUCUGCGCGGGCGAGGGUGAAACAUGCGAGUGCCCCGACGGCGACGUCGUCUGGGGCCCAAGGUACCACGCCUCCGACCCCGACAGGCAAAACAUCUUCGCCGACGUCAUUGCCACGCAAAGGUUCAUUGUCAAGCCCGGAAAGUCCGACUACGAGUGCACCAACGAGCACUUCGGCGCCGAUCCCGAGCCUGGUGAGUCCAAGGCGUGCUUCUGCGCGCCGAAGGGUCUGAAUUACAACGUCAAGGCGUCCAUCGACGGCGCACAGCCGUCACCUGCGCCCGCCGUGGUUUCCGAGCAACCCGCACCCCCAGCGCCGGAGGUUGUCGAGGAAGCCGUGGUCGACGACGCCGACAUUGAAUCCUACGAAGAAUCGCUCGAGUCCGCACCCGCGCCAACGAAGCGCGAGAUCGAGCCCGUCGAAGUGGCCGAGGAGCUCGCGAAGCAGUUCGAAGAGACUGUCGGCGAUGACAUCAUCCAUGAGGUCGAGACCGAUGCGGAGAUUCGCGAGGACGAAGCCGCCGCCACCUCCGCGCCGCACUCCGACACCAACACCAGCGACGCCGACUCCGCUGUCGCUCUCAAGGAUGUGGCCUGGAAGACAUACGAGGAGGAGGACCUCGACGAUCUCUACGAGGAUCUAAACGAGAAACUCGACGAGGAUCUCCCCGAGAGUGCCGACGACAUCGCCUCGCAAGUCGCCGCCGAGAACGCCGCCGCCGCCAAGGCCAAGGCUGACGCUAAGGCUGCCGCUGUGAAGGCUUUCGGCGAAUGCCAGGCCAUGUGCGCCGCUGAGCACGAGUGCUGCAACAUCGACAUCGUCCAGGGCUCCAAUCAGAGGCUCUCUUGCCUCCAGGCCUGCACCAUGGUGAAGGGCGGCGUCACCGCAGAUCAGUGCAACGCCGAGUGUGCCGACGUCAAGUGCGACCGCACCGUCAACGGCGUCACCUACCACCACUGCAACUUCCCUGGCUGUGGUGACGUGCCCGCGCAUAAGGACGCCUUCGGCGAUAAGUUUCAGCUCGCGCCUUACGAGUGCGCCGCUCAAUGGGGCACCAACGACAACUCCUGCAAGAAGGGCUGCCUCAACGGCGUCACCGACUACGAAGCCUUCAAGGCGAAACAGGCUGCCGAGGCCAAGGCCGAGGCCGAGGCCGAGGCCAAGGCCAAGGCUAAGGCUGAAGCAGAGGCCAAGGCUAAGGCUGAAGCAGAGGCCAAGGCUAAGGCUGAAGCAGAGGCCGCGCCCUAUGACUCGUUCGUUUUUGCCGAAAGCCUUGUUGGCGUUCAGCAGGACUGGAGGCACGAUGGGACCAGAAGAAAUGGCGGCUUCGUUAUUAACCCUGACGGCACGUGCACCUCUUUCGGGUCCACCGGUCCGGUGACGGUUGUCGACGAAACCACUAUCAUCGCAAGGUUCGCUAACAUCAAUCAUAAGAUCGAGUACAAGAAGAUCGAGGACGGCUACUACGUUGGCACUGUCGUUGAGCCAGUGCGAAACCCGCCGACGAAAGUUACUUUCGGCAAACCGUCAUCUCCGCCGCCCUCGCCCGCGUCUCCGCCGGCGCCGACGCCGACCAUGGCUGAGGGGCUCUUCAUGUUCAUGGGCGGCGAGUCCGGCAGAUCCUGCGCUGACGAAGGCAGCCGAUUCAUCUGCAACCGGCCCCACAUCGGGAGCUGGGAGAGGAACACGUUUGCUUAUCCCACUCGCGAGCAGAUGAACCAAGUUUCCGGCCUCAAGCCCAACAUGGUUUCCAUCAAGGGCGGCCAGCGCGGGACCUACUGCUACACCCAGAACCUCGAUAUGAAGUGCGGCAGCGGCAGCCCAAACACCCUCGCGCACUGGUUCACAGUCGGGGGGGCGGAUCCCGUGAAAGCCGACUGGACCGGCGGCGGCUUCGGCUCCGCGGACAAGAAGUUUGAUUACUUCAUCUCACUCAAGUCCAACGAGGCCGGCGGUGCUUUUUGCAACGACGCGCGGGGGAGCUCGACCAUCAAGUGCGACAAGCCGACCGUCGGCAAGGGCGAGACAUUCCACAUGCUCUGGCUCUCGACGGAAGAGUCCAAGUCUGCUGACGAGAAGGCGGCGGCUGAAAAGAUCGCCAUCAACUCGGCACCCGCACCGCCGCCCUCGCCCGCGUCUCCGCCGGCGCCGACGCCGACCAUGGCUGAGGGGCUCUUCAUGUUCAUGGGCGGCGAGUCCGGCAGAUCCUGCGCUGACGAAGGCAGCCGAUUCAUCUGCAACCGGCCCCACAUCGGGAGCUGGGAGAGGAACACGUUUGCUUAUCCCACUCGCGAGCAGAUGAACCAAGUUUCCGGCCUCAAGCCCAACAUGGUUUCCAUCAAGGGCGGCCAGCGCGGGACCUACUGCUACACCCAGAACCUCGAUAUGAAGUGCGGCAGCGGCAGCCCAAACACCCUCGCGCACUGGUUCACAGUCGGGGGGGCGGAUCCCGUGAAAGCCGACUGGACCGGCGGCGGCUUCGGCUCCGCGGACAAGAAGUUUGAUUACUUCAUCUCACUCAAGUCCAACGAGGCCGGCGGUGCUUUUUGCAACGACGCGCGGGGGAGCUCGACCAUCAAGUGCGACAAGCCGACCGUCGGCAAGGGCGAGACAUUCCACAUGCUCUGGCUCUCGACGGAAGAGUCCAAGUCUGCUGACGAGAAGGCGGCGGCUGAAAAGAUCGCCAUCAACUCGGCACCCGCACCGCCGCCCUCGCCCGCGUCUCCGCCGGCGCCGACGCCGACCAUGGCUGAGGGGCUCUUCAUGUUCAUGGGCGGCGAGUCCGGCAGAUCCUGCGCUGACGAAGGCAGCCGAUUCAUCUGCAACCGGCCCCACAUCGGGAGCUGGGAGAGGAACACGUUUGCUUAUCCCACUCGCGAGCAGAUGAACCAAGUUUCCGGCCUCAAGCCCAACAUGGUUUCCAUCAAGGGCGGCCAGCGCGGGACCUACUGCUACACCCAGAACCUCGAUAUGAAGUGCGGCAGCGGCAGCCCAAACACCCUCGCGCACUGGUUCACAGUCGGGGGGGCGGAUCCCGUGAAAGCCGACUGGACCGGCGGCGGCUUCGGCUCCGCGGACAAGAAGUUUGAUUACUUCAUCUCACUCAAGUCCAACGAGGCCGGCGGUGCUUUUUGCAACGACGCGCGGGGGAGCUCGACCAUCAAGUGCGACAAGCCGACCGUCGGCAAGGGCGAGACAUUCCACAUGCUCUGGCUCUCGACGGAAGAGUCCAAGUCUGCUGACGAGAAGGCGGCGGCUGAAAAGAUCGCCAUCAACUCUGGAAAUGUCGGCAUCGACGCCAACUUUGUCUACGAGUUCACUCUGCAGUCGCCUGUUGCCGCAGGUCACGGACCUGAGAUAUACGAAAUUUUGUUUGACGGCAAAGCUGUAACGAAAGACCAGGUGGCGGUGCAUUUCCCGGCAAUCGGGCGCGUCGGACAUGGCUCUGAAGCGUUCAUGGAUGGUAAUCCUAACACAUAUACGACUUGGCAAGACGGGAACAAAAUUCCCCCCGGAACCAAAUUUUUCAGCAUCACGUCGAAGAAGGUGAAAGAAAUUAAGAUCAAGUACCACAGGCCGAAAUACUCUCCUGGCUGGACCAUCAAAGAAAAUGGCAUGCCGUUUGUGAGCGAAACGUCGAACCGUGGCACUGGAUCUUGGCCAUCACCAGUGACGUACACCUACAACUCCUAA